UGCCAGGAGGUCAUCAAGCAGUCCAAUGUGCAGAUCCUCGUGCCCCCUGCACGGCCUGACAUCAUGCUUUUCCGUCCGGGGGCCACCGACCUUGGCUUCCCUCUUGACAUGACCAACGGUGCCGCUUUGGCACCCAAUGGCAACGGCAUCGCUGGCAUGCCUGAAGACGAGGCCACGCGGGCCGCGCUUACUGCUGCGCAGUCCUCUUUGCCUGUUCUGCAGGGUGUGGACCGUCUGCCCAUGGUGGCAGGACCUCUGUCCCCACCGCUGCUGGCCUCGCCCUUCCAGAAUGUUGCUGCUAGUGCCCCUACUUUAGGCACCAAGAGGGGCAGAGGGCGUCCCCGCAAAGCAAAUCUCUUGGACUCCAUGAUGUUUGGUACCCCAGGGGGCCUGCGAGAGGCUGGUAUCCUGCCUUGUGGCCUCUGUGGGAAAGUGUUUACGGAUGCUAAUCGUCUUCGCCAGCACGAGGCUCAACACGGGGUGACAAGCUUACAGCUGGGCUACAUAGACAUCCCACCCCCAAGACUGGGUGAAAACGGUGUCCCUGGUCAGGAUGAUCCUGAUGCACCCCGGAAAAGAAGCAGGACGAGGAAACAGGUGGCCUGUGAGAUCUGUGGCAAGAUUUUUCGGGACGUGUACCACCUGAAUCGGCACAAGCUGUCACAUUCUGGCGAGAAGCCUUACUCAUGUCCAGUGUGUGGCUUACGGUUCAAGCGGAAAGACAGGAUGUCCUAUCAUGUUCGAUCCCAUGAUGGCUCUGUGGGAAAGCCCUACAUCUGCCAGAGCUGUGGAAAAGGCUUUUCCAGGCCAGACCACUUGAAUGGACACAUCAAACAGGUGCAUACCUCAGAGAGACCUCACAAGUGUCAGGAAAAUGGCAGCCACCAUGGAAUAAGCUCAGAGACAUCCACAUCCAUAGAAAAGUUGAAACUUCAAGAGACUUGUAAUGCUUCCUUUGCCACUCGUGACCGACUGCGCUCACACCUAGCAUGUCAUGAAGACAAAGUUCCAUGCCAGGUGUGUGGGAAGUACUUGCGAGCAGCUUAUAUGGCAGAUCAUUUGAAGAAACAUAGUGAAGGACCAAGCAAUUUCUGCACUAUCUGUAAUCGAG